GUGACGGGCUCGGAAGCGCAAGAAGAGCUGGUCGGUAACGGAGGACCGAAUGCCAAUCUCAUUGAGAAAGCGCCUUUAUUGCGCGUAAGAGACGGGAGGGACAGACGUUUCUAGUGCUGUACACAUACACAGACAGACAAGACACAGGAAGCUCUGGGGCAGUCGGGGAAAGGGUGCAUUUUCACCGCCUCAAGAGGAAGUUAAGGACAAAUCUCUCGCUAAAAUAAAUCUUAAAAGGGGCACUGGGCACGCGGGAGUCGCCUUUGCGAGUAACUUAACUGGGAUUUAUCGGGAAUUGUUUCUGAACGGAGACCUGGCUUCCCUCUCCGCACGUUUAUAUUUCAUUUUGUUCAUUUAAUUUCAUUUCAUCAGCUGCCCUAAACAACUGUCAUCCCCAGAACUGCCGUAGCCUAUUGCAGCAAGCGGAUUGUGCGUAAAGACAGAGACAGCAGCCUUUUCCGCGGACGAGUCAGGCACUUGCCUUCUUCACUUGCGUUUUUGUACUCUAUUUAUUAUUUAUAGUCAAGCCUUUAUUUAUUUCGAGACUUUUUCCGUCUAUUUUGGGACGUCGGUGGUGAUUUCUGUGGAAUAUGGUGGGGGAAAUGGAAACGAAAGAGAAGCCGAAGCCGACCCCAGAUUAUCUGAUGCAGCUCAUGAACGAUAAGAAACUGAUGAGCAGUCUGCCCAACUUCUGCGGGAUCUUCAACCACCUCGAACGGCUUCUCGACGAAGAGAUCAGCAGGGUACGAAAGGACAUGUACAAUGACACGUUAAACGGCAGUACGGAGAAGAGAAGCUCCGAGCUCCCGGACGCCGUCGGCCCCAUCGUUCAGCUCCAAGAGAAACUCUACGUGCCUGUUAAAGAAUAUCCUGACUUUAAUUUUGUGGGCCGGAUCUUGGGCCCGCGGGGGCUCACAGCCAAACAGCUGGAGGCAGAGACAGGAUGUAAGAUCAUGGUGAGAGGGAAAGGCUCCAUGAGGGACAAAAAGAAGGAGGAACAAAAUCGAGGCAAACCCAACUGGGAGCAUCUGAAUGAAGACCUCCAUGUGCUCAUCACGGUGGAGGAUGCCCAGAACCGAGCUGAGAUCAAGCUUAAGCGUGCAGUGGAGGAGGUUAACAAGCUACUUGUGCCUGCGGCUGAAGGCGAGGACAGUCUGAAGAAGAUGCAACUGAUGGAACUGGCCAUUCUCAACGGCACCUACAGAGACGCCAAUAUCAAAUCACCUGCCCUUGCAUUCUCUCUUGCAGCGAGCGCCCAGGCUCCACGGAUCAUCACCGGCCCAGCACCUGUCCUGCCGCCCACAGCCUUGCGCACGCCUACGCCCGCAGGGCCCACCAUCAUGCCUCUCAUCCGCCAGAUCCAGACCGUCAUGCCCAACGGCUCAGCCCACCCGGCAGCCGCCACCCUAGUGCCGCCCGGUCCGGAGUCGGGCCUGAUUUACGCGACACCCUAUGAGUACCCCUACACACUGGCUCCCGCCACCUCUAUUCUGGAGUAUCCAAUCGACUCCAGCGGGGUUUUAGCAUCCUCAAAGGCCGAAGAGCUGCCCCUCUACCUGGGCUUUCAGACCUGUCACAUUCCCAUCACAGUCCAGCGCGGAGAGCCAACCGGUCGGCCUCCCUUUUAAAGUGUCCCCUCUCUCCCCCGCCCCCUCCGACAAGCCCCUCCCUCACACCGCAGACACGCCCCCUGCCCCACCUCCCUCUUAUCGGACUGGCUGGACUCCCCGGCCUCAUUCAUUCUGUCUCUUUUUUUGAAUCAUGGUUUUUGUUUUUCUGUUUUUUUUGGUUUUGUACUUUUGUUUUUAUCUGUAAUGUGAUGUUUUAGUUUUUUAUGUGUACAAUGAUGAGGGAGACAAAGCACUGAGCCCCAAAACUGCUGCACAAGCCUUUCUGGAUGACCCCCAUCCCUCAGUCUGAGCGGGCGCAUCAGGGUGAGGGGCAUCAGGAGGGGCAACAUGAGGAUGGUGAGGGGACAGUGGGGCUCAAAUGGGGGCUGCUUAAAUUGGGAGGGAAACUAAUUGAGAAGGGGCAUCAGUUGAAAGCCAAGCUGUUCAUUGAGCAGUUUUAGGACAGUUGGGGCAUUUUAGAGAUACAGACACAAUAUAUAGUCAAACAGUGAGAUUGCCUUUAUAUUUUAAUAUAAGCCUUUUAAUAACAUGUUCAAGUCAUAGUGUACCCCAAAAUUAAAAGAAAAUGCAAGAAUAAGAUUUUUUGCAUUGUAGCAUUGUAACAGCACAUUUAUCUCUAUAAGGCCUUUUUCAAUCCACAUGCAUAAGUUGAAUUGAAGUGUGAAUGCAAAAAUAGAAUGAAAGUAUGAAAACCAAAAAAAUAAAAAAUAAAGUGAUUUCUUGUUUCCUGCAUUGGGGGUUUCCUUUAAUAACAGAUUAUAACUAUUACAAAUUUGAUCAGCAUAUAUAUUGUAAUUUAUUUAUAUGCAACCCAAACUACAAAGUGUAAAUAUGAAUUGCAUCUAAACCACCUAAAUUCAGUCAUAUUUGUGACCCUGGACCACAAAAACAGUCAUAAGGGUCAAUUUUUACCUGAAAGCUGAAUAAAUAAGCUUUCCGUUGAUGUAUGGUUUGCUAGGACAAUAUUUGAUCGAGAUACUAUUGAAAAUCUGGAAACAAUUUUAAAAUCUGUAAUAUCUGAGGGUGCAAAAAAAUCAAAAUAUUGAGAAAAUCACCUUUAAAGUUGUCCAAAUGAAGUCCUUAGCAAUGCAUAUUACUAAUCAAAAAUUAAGUUUUGAUAUAUUUAUGGCAAGAAAUUUACAAAAUAUCUUCAUGGAACAUGACCAUUCAACGUAUUUUUGGCUAUUGCUACAAAUACAGUAUACCAUGGGACAUACGACUGGUUUUGUGGUCCAGGGUCACAUUUACUGAAUAAAAAGUGUUUUAUGUCUGUCACUGCAUAUGCAAUUUGCAUCAAGCCUUAAAGAUGUAAAAAUAAUAUUCUCACUACUGUUACGCAAACAAAAUAAGCUACUAUAAUAGUAUUUCAGCUCUAAAGCAUUGUAGUAUUUGUUGUACUGCAGUAUUACAGCUCUAGUAAAUGUGUUUAAAAUUAAAAUAAUAAAAAAAAAAGCUAAAUCAAAACACCCAGAUGUAAUGCUAACAUGGGAAAUUAUGCUUAAUUGUUUUGUGUUUUGUUAAUUUGCAAAAUAUCUUAAUACAAAAUAAACUGCAUUUUAUUAUAUAAAGUCAUAUUUCUCUUUUGAUUUUGGGUUAAAUGUGACCCAGACACACACUACCAUUCAAAAAGAUUUUUUUUAAAGACAUUUAUAUUUUUAUUUGAUAAGGAUGCAUUAAAUUGGAAUAAAAGUGAUGGCAAAGACAUUUAUAAUGUUAAUAUAAAUGCUGGUCGACAAAAGUAUGAGUAUAUUAUCAGUAUAUUAUAAUGAUUUCUGAAGAAUCAUGUGACACUGAAGACUGGAUUAUUGAUGCUGAAAAUUCAGCUUUACCAUCAUAGGAAUAAAUCAAAUUGUAAAACUGAAUUAGGAAUUUUGAUCAAAUGUAGCGAGCGUAGGCAACUUAUUAAAACACACUGAAAAAUCGUACUGACUCCAAAUUUUUAAAAGGCAGUAUAUGACAGUGUUUUAGUGAGAUUGUCCCAGUACCAUCGCCUCACGAACUGUCCUAAAACGUGCUCCGUCUGACUGUGGUGUGCAUUGCUUCCCCGAGAGCCAUCCACUAAUUUCCCCUUCCUUUAUUCUUUAGGUGUGGCUUUCCCCACGAAAGGCUAAAUGCGUUUCCCAGGAUCCUCACUGAGCCCCUCAUCCGAUCUGAGUGUUAACAUUCACACGCUUUCGUUUCACAGCUGCCUUGUUGGUUUUGAGUGAUGUUUGUUCAGAGCAUGAAUCUGGCCUAGCAGUCAGUCAGACACACUCCAGUUCGUUUACACUGGCUAUUCCCAGAGCCCACAGCGGCUGUACUUGUAAUGCCAUACAUAUGCCUCCAUACUCACAGAUAUUUCCCCUGGACCGUGCCGCUGACUGCUACGCCUCGGUGUGGAACGGAAGGAGAAAAAAAAAACGAUUGUUCUGCUUUACUAAUCACUUAAGUCAUUGCCGUACAUUUCUGUUCUCCUUUUUUGUACUUCAGCAGAUGUGCCUAAAUAUUGUUCUCUCUCAGAGAGUGACUUUAUCAGUAUUAUAUUUAAAGACACUGUCGCUCCAGCGCAAGAUUACGUGACUAGUAAAGCUUCCCGUUGAGAGUGUGCACUCCUGUCUGUCAUAUACUGUGUCCAAGCUACGCAAAAACCCACGGAUCCACCGAGGAUAAAUGAAACCAUGUUUGAAUUUUGUACAAACACGUGUCGAGAUAUUUACAUAUGGGGGAAAAACAAAGUAUUAUUUGUGCCUUAACUUGUAUAAUUUAAAUGAUUUGCGUUUGUCGAACACAUUCGGAAAGCUGUGUGAUUUGAUUUAUCUGAUGGAGACUGUGAGGUUUGACUGAUCUGAUGUUAUUGCAAUCCAAGCAGGUGCAGUGACAACUAAAGUUCGAAGGCACGAAAUGCGCGUCCAUCCUUACCAAAGGGUAGUGACCGCAGACAGAGGUUAGUUUAGUUCAUGUGCUUCUAUUCAUUACCAGUAGCAACUCACUGUUGGUCCUGAUCUGUUGUGAAGCAUGUGCAGUUUGAGCAUGUGCCAUCCACAGCUUGAAAUCAGUACACUGUGGUGUGUCUGUUUUAAACCUUUCGGUUCACACGCACAGAUACACACACACACAUGUGGUCUUUCCUGCGCAGGUUGAGUGGUUGACUUCAUUCCAUUAUUUUGAUGACCUUAUGAUUUCAGCAUGAUGUUGAUGACAAAUAAUGGAGCUAUUCAUGUGAACAUGGGCUUUUUUCGCCCCAUUACGCGCAACAUUUCUAGUUUUCUCUAGUUAUGCAAACACCAAAUAGGCUUUUUAUAUAUUGACUCUUGAAACAUUUGGAAGCCAUUUGAGCCAAUGAGCUAAAGUGACUUUAUAAUUACAUGUAAUGUGGAUAUACAAAUAGACAUCACAGCGAUAGCAAUAAUGCGUGUUAAAAUCCACGUUCAAUAUCAAUAGGUUACAGGCUUUUCAAAACAGAAGAACACCAUUAGUUGAUCUUUAAAGCUGAAGUGUGUCAUUUUGUCAAUGUUAAAGGUGACAUAUCAUGAAAAUCUGAAUUUUUUAGUGCUAUAUGAAUUUGAGUGCUAUACUUGGCUCCCCGGAGCAUCUACCAACCAGAAAAUGUGAAAAAGAACAAUUUGAAAAUACAUUUUUUGGUAAACCGAACACUGUUUAGAGUCCCAACCUCAGAGGAGAUAAAAGAGCAGUGGAUUUAUUGAUUAAUUUACUGUAUAUUACACUGCUGUCAUACAGAUCUAAUAUAAACAUGAUUUCUUUCCGAUCUGUUUACCUUCACAGACAUAACCGACUGUUUUUGUAACUCAAGUGUGUUUAUAACUUAAACUAUGUGUGAAUUUGACAGUUUAAGCGCAAUAAGACAUGAAAGAGAACUUAGUUUAAUACUCACAUGCUGUGUGACAGCCACUUUCUGUGCGCGUGCUUCACAUGUGUGCGCUCAGAAAACCUUAUAUCAGAAAUUUUAACCGAUAUUGCUUAAAAACGCAUGAUUUUAGCACGAUAGACAUGAUAAUCAAAACUAAACAGAUGUUAUUUGUAAAUGCACAGCACUAUUCUGGAAAAGGGGGAGGGGAGCAGCAGCUCAUUUGCAUUUAUAGAGUUUGUGCUUCCACUCAAAAUCUGCAUUUUUAAAAUGAUAUAAUAAAUGAUCUGUGGGAUAUUUUAAGCUGAUGCUUCACAGACAGAUUCUGUGGACAUCUGAGACUUGUAUUACAUAUUGUAAAAAGAGGCAUAAUGGGUGUCCUUUAAAAUAUAUGCAAUAUAUAUGCAGCAUUAUUAGUAAGCCAUUUGUAGGUUGAUUCCCUUGAAAAGUGUAAACGCCAAAGACGUUGACUCCCUCAAUUCAUUGACCGGUUUGGUUGAGCAAAUAUAAAAACAGGCAUUAUUCUAUGCAGUUCUUUUGAUGACACUACUGGUGUAGAAAUUACACGCUUCGGCUUUAAAGAAAGGAAAUAUUGGCUUCACUAAAUCUGUGUCACUAUCAAAUGUAUUUAUGGGUACAUCCUGGCCAUUUUAAUAUUUAUUAAUUGGUUAAGGAGUAUUGAAAUAUUAAUGUAAUAAGAUAGUAUCUUCUGAUGAAGAUGUGGUUGGCAGUUUUCAAAAUUUAAAUAGUAUAAGUCUUGUAUGAAUAGUAUGAUUUUUUCUGUACCACCAACUGACCUGAUUGAAGUGCAUUUUGUGUAAUGUAGUUAUUAAAAAAAAAAAUCAGAAUUUUCUGAGAAAAAUGGAAAGUGUGAGACUAGUGAAAAGGCCAUUUUUAUUUAAUAAAAGGAUACAGCUUAUGUAUUCAGAUUAAAAAUCAGAGUUUCAAAUCAAAACCAAACAGAUGUUUUUUUAGCAGAGUGUCUGAGCUAAGAGCUGUAAAGGCACAGCCCUAUUCUGGAAAAGGGGGCGGGGAGCAGCAGCUUAUUUGCAUUUAAAGAGACAUGCACGAAAACAGUGCGUUUCUGCUUCUACUCGUUUUUUUUUUUUUUUUUUUUUUUUUGGUAAAAGGAAACUUAUGUAUUCAGAUUAAAAAUCGGAGUAUAAAGUUGACUUGAGAAAUUAACACAAAUGUAAUAAUGUAAUAAAUAUUCAGUUUGUCAGCAGUGCUCAAGCUCACUGAACAUUGAAGUCUGUGUAAAACCUGAUCAUUAGCAUGAUUUUAAAAUCGUCAGAUGAGCAUCUUAAGCUUUUAUGACAUUUCUUUGUUUAUCCAAAAUGAUAUCCAGGUGUAAAUUAGAUUUUAAAUUUGAUUUUAAUUUUGACUCCACCACAUGUUUAAAAUGAUUACAAUAAUCAUAAAUGAUUACUUUAACGAGUACAUUAAGAUGGGUAAUAUUUCCCUGUUCACAUGCAUCUAAGCGCAUAGAAAUUCAUUUGGCGCAGGUCAGACAUUUGUGUGUGUGUGUAUGUGUGUGUGUACAUGGUUACUGUUACAGAUGUUUGCUUAAGCUGGCAAAAUGACCACAGAUGUCAAGCAGAUCAGAUACUGAGAUUGCUUCCUCUCUUUUAAUGUUUUGUUUUUCAUAUCCUUUUUGUGCUAUACAUGUUUUUAUAUAACGGAACUACUGCUUUGAAGAAAAUCUACUUUUGAGAACCCAUUUUUGCACAGAGCUUCAAGAUUUCCAUUCUGUGCGUUUGUACUGGACCACACGAAUCACUUUUUUUAUUUCAGCUGUUUACUUAUUUUAUUGUUUUAUUAUAUUAUUAUUAUUAUUUCCAUCUGUCAAUAUUUGCCUCAUUUGAUAAAGAGAUUCUAUGUGGCACAAGCCUUUUAUUUUGCACUGAAUACGUCAGAAACAUUCAUCUCCUCUGCUCUUCGCGAGUAGACAUGUUGAAAAA